UUUCUUUCUUUCUUUUCAUUAUGAUCACUACAGCUAAUAAUUCAAUAACAAAUACAGAAGUAGCAGCAAAAAAACAUCAUCAUCAUUAUAGUAAUGGUAUUAUGAAAGAUACUAUUUAUCAUCCAUUACCAACUAUCCUAACAGACUUUUUCGCUAUUAAAUUACAUGAUUUGAUCCGGAUUCGACCGUUACCAAUUGGUUCUAAAAGAACAGCGCCUGAAUUAAUGUAUUUUAUAUUAAAAAUUACAACUCAAGCUCGUAUUUCUUGUCAUAUUGCUAUUGUAGCUCUAAUUUAUAUUGAAAGAUGUAAAGCUGUUCUUCCAAAAAAUGCAAUAGGAGAUCAAGAUACAAUUCAUCGUAUAUUUAUUGCUUCUUUACUUGUGGCAUCUAAAUACUUGCAUGGUACUUGUUGGGCACAUAGUCAACAACUUUCUGAUUCAGUAUUGGCAGAAGACGAAAUACCUGUCUGGCUAAAUAACGCAAGAAUGGCAGACAUUUGUAGUAGAUUUUAUACGUUAAAAGAAAUCAACCAGUUAGAACUCUCCUUUUUAAAUUUAAUCAAAUUUGAAUGCUUUAUAAAUCCUAUUGAAGUACAACACUAUUUAGUGAAGAAUCGACAAGAUUUGUUAAUAUAAAGUGCUGGUCACUUGAUAGACAUAUACCCUUAUUAAUAAAUACAAUUUAUUUGAUAGUUGCACAAGCAUGUCAACCAUGUUUCUUUACACAAUAAAUAAAUAAAUAAAUAAAUGCCCUUUUUUUCUUUUAGAA